AUGCCCGCCUUCAUGGCCCGCCUAUUCCGCCCGCUGACCUCCGUCACCACCAACGUCAGCGGCGCCACCAACGGCGCUGCCGGCAUCAACAGAGCCCUGCCCGAAGGUGCCGAGCUCGCCACCAUCGCCGCCGGCUGCUUCUGGGGCGUCGAGCACAUCUACCGCAAGCACUUCAAGGACGCAAAGAACGGCGGCGGCCUCUACGACGCCCGCGUCGGCUACACCGGCGGCACCACCUCCAACCCCACCUACCGCGAUGUCUGCAGUGGGACCACUGGUCACGCCGAGGCCCUCCAGAUCACCUUUGACCCGACCAAGAUCUCGUACCGCGAGCUCAUCGAGUUCCUCUACAAGACACACGACCCGACCACCGCCAACCGCCAGGGCAACGACCGCGGCACCCAGUACCGCAGCGCCAUCUUCUUCCACUCGCCCCAGCAGGAGGCCAUUGCCCGCGAGGUCACCGAGCAGGUCCAGGCCGCCCAGUGGUUCGGCUCCAGCCCCAUCACCACCGAGAUCAAGCCCGCCACCCAGUGGUACGACGCCGAGGACGGCCACCAGCUCUACCUCGAGCGCAACCCCCACGGCUACCAGUGCGAGAACCACUUCCUGCGCAAGUUUGCGCCCUUGCCCGCGUCUUCCUUGUAA